AUGGCAAAGACGUUCUACGUUCGGAAUCCUUACCCGGUACCGGAUGUCAGCCGAGAAGGACAGUGGAUAUCGCGCGGACCAGUGUUGGGAAAAAGGGUCUCGCCGACAGACAGAGACUGGAACGUCAAAUUGAGCGCCCACGAGCGUCUCUUUGCUCAUCACACCUUGAACAGCAUCCGCAGGGAUUGCCGAUUCGUCAGACCGCAGGUGCCGGACGACGCUCUCGAUUUCGCGCUGACCAGUGUUUACACGCAUAGUCGCGACAGUCUGCUGCCAAAGACGUACGUGUCCGUGCAACCGGAAACGCUCGGCAGAGAAACCUGGCGCGUCUUGCGCAACGAGAUCAAGAUCUCGCCGGAACCGCCGAAACCGGACAGGCCGAUGCAUGUGAGCGGUUAUGCGGACGAGGAACCGAAAUCGGCAGCUCGGGCAGCUCUAUCGGCGGAUAAAUCGAGGUGUCACAGCGGGCCAAGCUUGCCACGGAGAAUCCAUCCGAGCAGCGUGAAAUUAAAUAUCGAGGGUCCUCAUAUGGACCAAUCGAAUCCCGGAUACAGUCGCAAAAUCGACGGAACUUUUUACAGUAUUUAAACACGGAUUCGGAUGGUGUUUGAGCGGCAACGCUCGCGGAACGUUCGAAUUAAGCUGAAACCUGCAAUUCGCCGGAUGAAGCUCGCGCUUUUGCAAAUACCAUUAUCGCUAUUGGCAUAAUUUGUCGAGAUUUCCGGAAAAGCGGAAGAGCGCUCGGAGCAGCGGAUCAUCCGCGAGUCGUAACGAAAACGGGAAAUUUAUCGUAUUAUAUCAUACAAGGAACUCUACGAUAUGUCAGCGUCACACGAAGACGCGCGGCACGCGCCGCGAUUAAAUCGCACCCAGAUCAUCGGCUUGCCAUUAUUUCGCGUGGCGUGGCCAAAGUAUCUGAGUGUCUGAUCCGCGAUUACUCGUAAUUCGCGCUUAUCUGAUCAUGUUGACAAAUUCACCCAGCGGCUCGGUGUCUCGCAAAUUCGUACAGGCCUAUCGCGACCGGCGAUCUUCUCUCGGCCCCCUUUGACGGUCCGAAGCGCGGGGGCAGCCCGGCGGAAGAUCGAGCGGAGUGAGUGGGCAGAGAGAAGCGAGUGAGUCAGUGCGCGCCGAGCUCUCUGCUCGGCUCGGCUCGGCGGUGAGUCGGAGGGACAGAAUGUCCCAUUACCCGGGUAAUCCUUGUUUGUAAUAAACCAGCGCCCCGCUGCCAACUUGGGGGUGACACAAGCGGAGCCACCCUCGGACUGAGGGGAGUCGGAGCACGGAGGUGGCAGCGGAGGAGCCGCCAUCUCUCCGUACGCAUAUGCUCCUCAUGGAAUAUCAUUUAUGCUUCUCGCCCCCGCGCGCAGAGACGUCUAUCUCGCGACCCCCGUUUGACCCGGCACCCUCCGACGCCCACCCUCCGCCAAGGCGGGGGAGAGGCAGCACGAUCCUUAUACAUACGUCUAAUCCGGCCAUGAUUGCCCCGCCGACCGCCUCGUCACGAAAACUCCACCUCGGCUGUGAGACGUAGCAUGCCACCCUUCCUCUCUGUUCCUCUCUUUCUCUCGUUGUCUCUCUGUCUCUCCCUUUCGCUCCCUGUGACCCCGUUCUCUUGGCUCCUUUAAACCGCUUUUCAACGAACAACGCGGGAUGAUGAAUUCUCAAGCGCGCGUUUAGCUUCCGCUCGUUAUUUUUAUAUUAAAAAUCGCGGCGCUCUGCAGAAUUCCCGUGCUGUUGCGGAUUAAAAUCCAUACAUUCAUUGUUUCAUUGUUUGAUCGUGCCAUCAUUUGCACAACCGCGAUUGCGAGGCCCUCGCAGCGAGGGCUCGUCAGCGUGAUCGUUUCGGUUAAUCGUAAACUCAAUAGUCGCUGGAGAUAGUAAUUCUUCCGCGGAUUACAUCGCGGCGCAUGUCUAUUGACGCGGAUCCUUUUUCUUUCACGGUAUAACAGCGGAGGGUAACGCCCGGGAUGGUGUAAGGGUAUAGAACGAUCUCAGACGGUCGUCAAGCUACGAGCGAGGUUACCAGCCAAUUACUUGGCUGAGCGGUUUUAUUUGUAUUUAAUUCUUAUUUAAUUUACUUUUUACGGUCGCGUAGUUUUGCCGUCGCCGCCGCUGUUACGGAAAUGGAAGGCUUCUUCGUCAUUGCAAAUUAACAGCGAGCCCACAGUCUUCUGCCCUGUCGAGUGCGAUUUAUGCAAAAACCGCCAGCAAUGUGAAUAAUUUCACGUUCUUCAGCAAUGAAAUUCGCACUCGAUGAAGUCGUUUUCUAAUUAUACCUCGUACGAAUGAGAUGAAAGAUGCAUUGAUAUUUUCGUCGCAUUAAAAUUAAUUAAUCGAGUGGUAACACGGUAAACAAUCGUAUAUUAUCAAAACGCAUCAAAAGUCAGAUAAAUUUUACUUGGCAUAGUAUCAUUAUUUUAGAAUUAUUGAUAUCAGAUAAUAUCGGAGCAAUGAUACAGAGAGGGGCCGCGUUUGAACUGACUACUCUAUUCGAUCCUUUCACGCGUACGCUUUUCCAGAAGGAAAUUCUGCGUGAAAGUCGAAGCAAAGUUGCAUUGAUCCCUCCGGGAUGAAGCUGUUAUUCCACUGAACUUGUUACGUUAUAUUUAUCAGCGCGAUGCACACACUGGCGCACACGCCACCUAUCGGGGGUGGUUUUAUCGUUUCUUUCGGAUCCGUCCUUCCACUGUCGUUUUACCGAAAUAGACAAGGCUGCGAAUGAUACUGCGGGUAAUAAGCAGCAACACGUCGAAUCAAACGGGCAUCGUGCAUUAUAUAAUAUUCAUUUUAAACCUCAUUCAUGAGAUAAGAAUUAUUAAAAUUAUAUUUCUUUAUCGUAUGCUAGAAUUUCAAUAUAACAGAUACUGUGAAAGUGUAAUGCAAAUAUUGUAGCAAUAUCUGAUCAAGUAUCUAAAACUUUGCUAUAAACUAAGCUAAAACUAAGCUAUUGUGAUAUUCAAGAUGUUAAGUAAAGUUCUUUUCAGUAUCUUAUUAAUUUUCGAAGCGAUUUUGUAAUAUUGUAAUAUUUUCGUAAUAAUUAUUUGUUGUUUAUGUAGAACUUUGUAAAGUCUAUGUAUAUUUAUAUCGCACUUUUACUUUGUACUUUGUAUUCUAAACGAAUUUAAAAUAAAAUCUCACGUAUCAAUGAUAAGCUUA